CAUCAUCCCAGCCCGAUGUACUCCCCCGAGCAGGAGAACAUCUGCACCACUUCCAUCAAAGUGCCAGUCAAGUAUGGAGAGCUCAUUGUGCUCGGGUACAAUGGCUCUUUGCCCAACGGCGAUCGAGGGCGACGUAAAAGUCGCUUUUCGCUCUGCAGACGACCAAAAGCCAAUGGAGUCAAACCCAGCACGGUUCAUGUCGCCUGUUCUCCGCAGGCUGCCAAGGCCAUCAGCAACAAAGACCAGCACAGCAUUUCGUACACGUUGUCGAGAGCGCAGACGGUGGUGGUGGAGUACACUCACGACAGCAAUGUAGACAUGUUUCAGGUGGGUCGUUCGACGGAGAGCCCGAUCGACUUUGUGGUGACGGACACAGUGGCGGGAAGCCAGUGCAACGGCGACACGCAAACGGUCCAGAGCACCAUCUCGCGCUUCGCCUGCCGUAUCAUGUGCCAGCGUGCGCCGCCUUACACCGCCCGCAUCUACGCGGCCGGUUUCGACUCGUCCAAGAAUAUCUUCCUGGGGGAGAAAGCCGCCAAGUGGAAGACACCCGACGGGCAGAUGGACGGCCUGACCACCAACGGCGUGCUGGUCAUGCACCCUCGCCGCGGUUUCAGUCAGGACUCCGGGCCCGGCGUGUGGCGGGAGAUCUCCGUCUGCGGGAACGUGUUUACUCUGCGGGAGACGCGUUCGGCACAGCAGCGGGGAAAAAUGGUGGAGUCGGAGUCUCAGGAGCUGGUGGAUGGCUCCCUGAUCGACCUGUGCGGCGCCACGUUGCUGUGGCGCACGGCGGAGGGUCUCUCGCGCACGCCCACUCUCAAGCACCUGGAGGCCCUGCGGCAGGAGAUCAACGCGGCGCGGCCGCAGUGUCCGGUGGGGUUCAACACGCUGGCCUUCCCAUCCAUGCGGCGCAAGGACACGCCGGACGAGAAGCAGCCGUGGGCGUACCUUCGCUGCGGCCACGUGCAUGGUUACCACGACUGGGGCAAUCGGCGCGAGGAGCGCGACGGGCGCCAGAGAGAGUGCCCCAUGUGCCGAGCUAAGGGGCCCUACGUGCCGCUGUGGCUAGGCUGCGAGGCCGCCUUCUACGUGGACGCCGCGCCGCCCACGCACGCCUUUGGACCCUGCGGCCACGUGUGCUCGGAGAAGACAGCCGCCUUCUGGAGUCAGAUCCCUCUGCCGCACGGCACGCACACUUUUCACGCCGCGUGCCCCUUCUGCGCGCACCAGCUGAGCGGCGAGCGCGGUUUCGUCAGACUCAUCUUCCAGGGACCCCUCGACUAG